UCUCUGGUGCGAGUUAGUAGUCAAGUGCUUCUUGAAAAGAUAUCAUGGCAAAGCCAAUAGUAUACGGAACUAUAGUAAGCCCUCCGGUCCGGUCGGUUCUGUUGACUGCUAGUGCUCUGAAUUUAGAGAUUGAUUUUAAGGAAGUUAGUUUGACCAAAAAACAGCACCUCACUGAAGAAUACCUCAAAAAGAACCCUCAACAUACCGUGCCAACUCUAGACGAUAAUGGAAAGAUCGCUUGGGACAGUCAUGCCAUCGCAACCUAUCUUAUUGGGAAAUAUGGUAAAAAUGACGAACUUUAUCCAAAGGAUUUGUAUUUAAGAGCGAGAAUAGACCAACGUCUACAUUUCGAUACAGGAGUCCUUUUUCCUAUACUCCGAGAAAUAAUUCAUGAGUUGGUAUAUAUGAAACAACCUGAAUUGUCUGAAAGAACGAAAGGAAAAAUUAUUGAAGGAUAUGACUUUCUGAAUACUUUCCUUGCUUCGGAACCGUACUUAGUUGGAAAUUCUCUAACGGUGGCUGAUCUAUGUUGUCUAUCUACGGUAACAACACUUAACAUCUUCAUCCCCAUCGAUGCAACGAAAUUUCCAAAACUUUCUCAAUGGGUUGACAAACUGACAAAACUGCCAUAUUAUAAUACAGCUAAUAAGCCUGGUAUAGAUGCAUUCGCUCGGGCAGUAGGCCAAAAAGCAGCGGAAGGCAAAGCUUAGAAAAUGAAGAUAUAAGUGUAUCAGUUAAUAUUGCGAGAUCGUAAUUUGGAUAUUAAAAUAUUUGGUUAUCGUU